AUGUCGGUUUUGAGCGCAGUGCCGUUCAUGAAGCCGCUCCACAUGCGCUCCCCGGUGUCGCAGGGCCGCCGCCACACGCUGCCGGCCAGCGAGUUCCGCUCCCUCAGCCCGGAGGACGCCAUCAGUGUGUUCGAGAUCGAGAGAGAAGCCUUCAUCUCUGUAUCCGGUGAGUGUCCUCUCCACCUGGACGAGGUGCGUCACUUCCUCACACUUUGUCCUGAGCUGUCUCUUGGCUGGUUUGAGGAGGGACGUCUGGUGGCUUUCAUCAUCGGCUCAUUGUGGGACCAGGAGAGGCUUAGCACGGAUGCCCUGACUCUCCACAAGCCUCACGGGCCCACUGUCCACAUCCACGUCCUGGCUGUCCACCGGACCUUCCGCCAGCAGGGCAAAGGCUCCAUCCUGAUGUGGCGCUACCUGCAGUACCUCCGCUGCCUGCCCUACGUCCGCCGUGCUGUGCUCAUGUGUGAAGACUUCCUGGUUCCCUUCUACCAGAAGUCCGGUUUCAAGGUGCAGGGCCCUAGUGACAUCACGGUGGGGCCCCUCACCUUCAUCGAGAUGGUCUACCCGGUCAGGGGCCACGCCUUCAUGCGCCGUAACAGUGGCUGUUGAGGACAGAGGGACUUAGUGUGGAUUCUAACUCAGUGGUGGUGGGACACCCUCCCCUUUGGAAACAAAAUGAGGGGACGUGUGAGCAGCUUUGUUGUGCACGAGCAAG